UACGUAUAUAUGUACGUAAAGCAUAGAAAAACAAGCAGAGAAAAAUGAACGAAUGAAGAAACAAGAAGAAAAUUAUCUUUGUUUCUUGUUUUAUAAUAUAUCCUUGUAUCCGUCAGCUUCGUCAUUGUGCUUGAUUGGACAAUGAAUUUUCAACACGAAUGAAACAAGGUUGAGUUGUCGAUUGAACAAUUUUGCAUAUAGAUCAGACGUUUUUCAGUGAUUUUUAAUGCCUGGUCCGAAUCUCGCAAGAGUCUAUGUAUCCUAGCUUCGAGAGAAUGAAGUUACGAAGAGACAGAAGAAAUGAACAAAAAAAGAAAAAAAGAAAGAAAAGAAAAGAAUCUUAAAAAAUGAAGAAAAUCACCUAUGGGAAGAUAAACGAAUGAAUGAAUUUUACAUACAUAUACAUACACACACGCAACAAGAAAAAGUGGAUCAACGAUGUGUAACAAAACUUUUCGGCACAAGAUAUAAAUGUCAACAGGACAUUGGUAUCGUCCUGAUCAUGGAAUCUUCAAGUUUUAUCUUAGCAACUGUGCGAUUGGUCCAACUGGAUCAAAAACAGACUCGUGAAACAGAAAUUAAUCGUGAGAGUUCUUACGAGCUCUAACAUACUCGGCAUAAAAACAUAGAGUGCUCGAUAUUCAUGCGCUCUCGCCUAAAAACAAAAAAGAAGAUAAAGAAAGAAGAAGAAGAAGAAGAAGAAGAAGAAGAAGAAGAAGACGAAGAAGAAGAAGAAAAACCAUUACCGUUCAUUUACAAGCCAUGUAUGACGUUACCAGAUGAAGUUGAGAAAGAACCAGAUAUCGAGCACACUCUAGCGAUCAUUAAACCAGAAUCAAUGAUUUACAGAAGACAAAUCGAGCAACGAAUAUACGAGGAAGGUUUUGAAAUAUGUCAAACGCGUUGGUUACAAUUAACACCCGAGCAAGCGUCUGAUUUUUAUUCAGAUCAUUACGGACAAGCCUGGUUUGCUCAUCUCAUUGCUUACAUAUCUUCUACUCCAAUCAUAGUAUUCAUGCUAGCCAAGCAUCAUGCUAUUCACGAUUGGAGAUUUAUUAUGGGUCCCAUGAAAAUCGCAGAAGCUCGAUUAUAUUUUCCCGACAGCCUAAGAGCAAAAUAUGGUAUAAGAGGUGAAGAUUUUAAAAACGCAGUACAUGGAAGCUCGACUCGCGAAAAUGCUGAGAAAGAAAUACAUUUUUUCUUUCCCGAAACUGUGAUCGAACCUUUGCUGGUAGGCCAGUCACUCAUUGAAUAUUUGUGGGAAACGAUUAACCCAAUUCUGACGGAAGGUCUAACUCUGUGCUGCAAAUUGAAACCAGCCGAUCCCUUAUUAUGGCUCGCUCAUUGGCUCAUAUUAAACAAUCCUAACAAGCCACGAUUACCCGAAGACUUAGCAUUGAUUCCAACAUAAAAAACGCAAACGAAAAGUCACGUAAAAUAUCCUUUCCAAAAAGGAAAAAACAGAAAAAUAAAGAAUGUUAUUAUCUUACCUACGAG